CGCUCGCAUGCGAAAGCACGAAAACAAAUGGAGGAGGCAGAUAGGACAAAGGAACGCGAGUUCUACAGGUACCACCCACCGCGCAUCUUGACCUGGCCACUCUCUUCCCCGUCUUCGCUGCCGCCGUCUGCCGCUUCAUUGACCCCCAGUCCGUCUGAAGACAAGGCCUUGACCGCGUUCGCACAGUUGGGCGCCCUACGUCUCAACACUCGGCGAUGUCUGAUAUCCUUCUUCGACCGCAGGAACUGUUACAUCUUGGCCGAGGCAACGAAGACGCUCUCCCUACAUAAUGCACAAGCUGAGUUUCCCGAAGACAGUCUCUGCUGGGGCACCACCAUAUUCCCCAAGGAACAGAGUAUCUGCUACUAUACGGUCAAGUUGCCUUUCGAUCAUUCUGUCCAUCCGCUGGACGACUACACCGACGUGCCAUCGCUCGUGGUCAACGACUUAUCUCAAGACGAUCGCUUCAAGAACUACCCUUUUGUUAAGGCCGCUCCAUAUUCGCGCUUUUAUGCGGGUGUCCCGAUCAGGAGUCCCAAUGGCCAUAGCAUUGGCACGUACUGCGUUCUGGAUGACAAGCCCCGCAAUGGCUUGUCUCCCUUCGAGCUGGAUUUCCUCAAGGACAUGGCUGUGACUGUUAUGAGGCACCUAGAAAUGUCUCGGGCUACCGACGAUCAGAAACGAGGAGGUGUCAUGGUCAAGAGCUUGGGUUCAUUUGCCGAAGGUAGAUUAGGCUCGGAGGAUGAAUGGGGGGAUCCAUGGGAAGCCGAACGUCCUCCAUCUGCUCCACUUCCAGAGGCUGCCUCUGGGGGGCGGCAACGUCGAUCCACAGUCUCCAACUCAACUUCGCCGCAGGUCAACUUCCAGGAGCCCAUUAUCAUCAAUAGGAAUGACAGUGCAAGCUCGAGCAUCCCUAGCGUGAAGAGCGUUGACGCCACUUCCCCCUCAAAUGGACCGCCUGGCAGUACCGUAAUCACACCUGCUUCCGAAGUCCUGGACAUUCGCAUUGCAGAAGUAGCAACGAAGACAGCGUCCUCUACAAAGCCCGAAGAGAAAGACGCCAUUGCUCCCGACGUCAGAGCGAUAUUCCGUCGAGCUGCACAAAUGAUAGUUGAUGCGACAGACGCUGAAGGCGCCGUAUUUUUCGAUGCUAAAGUCAGUACAUUUGGCGGACUGGUCGAUGAUGAUUUCGCCUCGGAGCAGCUACCUGAACCGGACAAGCCGUGCACUGUCCUUGGUGCUGCCCGUUACAGAACCGUGCACAACACGUCCUCACCAUCUGGAGAGCAGUACUCUAUGUCUGAGAGCGUCCUGAAGCACCUCUUGCGAAACUACUCGCAUGGCCAAAUCUUCAAUUUCGAUGAGGAUGUUGCACCCGCCGCUAUCAGCCCGAUGGACAGAGACGACGCAGACCCGUCCGUGUCGCGGCGGUCCGAGUCUUCGAAAAGCUCUGACGACGAGAUGCUUCUCCGGGACGUGUUUCCUCAGGCUCGCAGUCUGGUGUGGUAUCCUCUUUGGGACUCGCAUCGUGAUCGUUGGUUUUCGAGUGUCGUCAUUUGGUGCUCAGAUCCUAUGCGAGUGUUCACGAGCGAGCAAGAGAUGAGCUAUCUGGCCGCUUUUAGCAAUAGCGUCAUGGCUGAAGUAGCUCGGCUUGAUACCAAGCUGGCUGAUGCUGCCAAGGCGGAUUUCAUUUCUUCUAUCAGCCACGAGCUGCGUUCGCCCCUGCAUGGCAUCCUAGGUAUGACGGACCUACUGAAGGACACAUCGAUCGAUAGCCAGCAAGCCAGCCAUGUCCAGACUAUCGAGACCUGUGGCAAGACCUUGUUGGAUACAAUCAACCAUGUGCUAGAUUUUGCCAAAAUUAAUAACAUUACGCGCGGAUCCUCAAAGCGCCCCAAGAAGCGCUGGCAAAAUGCCAAGCAAGUUAUCAGCCCUGGGCAGGGACAUUCGAACGACAUUAUGACGAUCAUUUCGGAUGUUGAUUUGAGUAUCCUGACAGAGGAAGCACUGGAGAGCGUGUUUGCUGGCUUUAACUUCCAGAAGACCACCGCUCGAACAUUCGAGCACCAGCCGAAUAAAGUGGAUGUACCGGCCAUUGCUGUUAUCGUUGAUAUUAACAAAAGCGACAACUACAUCUUCCGAACGCAGCCGGGAGCCUGGCGACGAGUUAUCAUGAAUCUUUUCGGAAAUGCCCUCAAAUACACACCUGCAGGCUUUAUUAAGAUUAAGCUGCAGGUCGUUCCCAGCACCAACGCGAAUGACGACCAUUCGGAGUUCCGGCUCAUCGUAACAGAUUCCGGAAUGGGGAUGUCAGAGGAGUACGUCAAUAACAGAUUGUUCCAUUCCUUUGCCCAAGAGAAUCCGCUGAGUCAAGGCACUGGCCUUGGCCUUAGCAUUGUCAAGCAACUCGUCGAGCUCCUUGGAGGCGAUGUCGAAGUACGGAGUGAGAAAGGCCGCGGCACCAAGUUCACUGUGACUUGUCCACUCAAGAAUUCGAUACUUUCUCCGGCAGUCUGCGCGUCGAUCCCAGAAAGAGAGCUUCUCAACGUCAACAGGCGCACGGAAGGCAUGAACGUACAUUUUGUUGGCUUUGAUGACGAAGGCGACUAUUUCCCGGUGAAGAGCCUCAAGAACAAAAAUGCCACCAAACUCACGAAGAAAGCUCUGGAUAACCUCUGCACCGACUGGUUCGGCAUGAACGUUCAGGAGCAUGUUUCGGCUCAGGGACCGGCGCCGGAUCUUGUCAUCGCGACCGAAACCGGAGCAAGAUAUCUCCGCGCUCAGUAUAGUCAGAACCCUGACAUGUCUUCCGCCUCUCCGGUCAUUGUCGUUUGCCAGGGGGCCGCAUCCGCACAGUCGACUACAGCGAUCACCGUUCCAGGACUCAUAUUCGAGUGUAUCGCUCAGCCCUGUGGACCACAUAAGCUGGCGAAAGCCUUGUCGUCGUGUCUCGAUCGUCAUGCAAAUCGGCUCAUGGCUCAAUCCACCGAGACAGACACAACUCUGUCGAAGGUCUCGCAGCUCAGCUUGAAGGAAAACACUCCCCUCAUCAGCCCAAGCACUGUAGUUGCUGCGUUAGAACCUCCUCGACCGCCGAUCACUUCAGCGAUUAGUGCUCCUGAAAUUCGGUCCCUCAACGCCAGCCCGGUUCGCAAAGCAGUCCCGCCCAUCCGCGCAUUGAACUGCCUGGCAGUCGAUGACAACCCUAUCAACCUCCGCCUGCUUCGUACCUUCGUCGAGAAACUGGGCCAUCACCACGUCCUGGCUAAGACUGGGCUCGAGGCACUGGAGGCAUACAAAAAUGCUUGCACACCUUCACACUCCGUCUCAGCAUCUCCGGCACCCUCGCCACCCCCUUCAAGGCACGGAAACGCAGGAGUGCGCAUUGACGUCAUUCUCAUGGACAUCAAUAUGCCAGAGAUGGACGGCCUCGAAGCCACGCGACAGAUCCGUGCUCACGAGCGAGACCACGGGCUUCCACCCGUUACGAUCAUUGCGCUGACUGGCGUGGCGAGCUCGGAGGCACAGCAGGAGGCGCAUGCGAGUGGUGUGAAUCUGUUUCUGAUCAAGCCGGUGCGGCUGGCAGAUCUUGACGUCGUUCUGAGAGGCGUCGUCACGGGCGAGGACGGCGCAGCGAAGGGCGAAGACAGCCCUCAGAGGAGGAGCGAGAAGCCAGAGCCGGGCCCAACGCACAGGCACAGUAGAAGCGAGGUCUAACGACUGCGGCAAUCAGAAGACCCCGGCAUUUCCACGGUUGGACGCACAGCAUCGAACGGUCUGCCAAUAGACACAAACACGACCGGAGACGAACAUCAUUUUGCACAUUCAUCGGCGCUCAUUCAUGGUAUUUCUGCACGUUACGGGGCUGGCCGUCUGUUUCACUUUUUCUCUUCGAAAAAGCGUUUAUACCCGUCUUACGAAACCAACGACAGGCGGAUGACGGCAUGCAUGCAUUUU